CAUAGAAUAAAUUAUUAAAUCGUACGCGUUUAAUAUGGACAUUUAUUGGUAGGUUGUCUCUAACACUCGAAGACCAUUAAGAAGGAUAGACGAGUGAACACAAAAAUGCGUUUGGAUCACAUGUUGAUUUUCGAGAAAGAACUUUACCGAUCCCGGGAUUGUAUAUAUUUGCAAACAGAUACUUAACUUUUUCUACAAAAUAAAGCUUCUUAGUCCGUCACUUUGUUUAAUGUUCUUGGAUUUUAGGUAUAACAAUGUUCUACGUUUCAAACUAGAUAUAUCGUGUACGCAUGCUUAGGAAACAUUCGCUUAUAGACUUCAAUAAAUAACGAUCGGGUCAAGGACUGCUAAGAAAUUCGUGAUAAAGUGAAAUUUAAAUGAUUCGUCGAAGUUAAACUCGAUAGAAUCUGUAUUUUAUCUUGUAUUGCUUAUAGAUCGAAUUCAACAUGUAAACAUAAAUACGCAGAUACGUAAUUUUAGCUAAUAGACAUUUUUUAAACGCUUUGUAUAUUUUUCGCUGCAUUAUGUCCAGUAAAUAUUAAACCUUAACAAACUUCGAAAGUCCACAAUUUUAAUUUAGAUUUAAGUACACAGCAGACAGUGUAUAUCAAUGUAUUAAUAUUUCUUUAAAUGUUAUCUCUGAUUCUUUGAGUUCAAAGAUUUUGGCUGUGAAUCAUCCGUGUAUACCUUGACGUAACUGACUCUUACCGACUGCUUGGUCUACAUACACGCCGGUUUGGAAAGCACGUGCGUCAAGAACCUUGAUCGCCGUUCGCGCUCAACGAAAGAAAUUGCACAACAAAUCAAUCCUAAUAGAAACUUCGCUACGAUAACAUUUGCCCAAGAGGGCACGUAGAGUGGUCAGCAUGUCACACGCGUCUGUGAACACUCUUCACAAUGGCAAUAAUUUCCAGAGAAAUAGUAGAAGUGAUAUGGAACACCUGAGAAACCAUAGUUCCGGUCGUUUGGCUAGUGAGAGUAUUCGGGAUGGCCGCGUGCUGGUACUAUACACUGGAGGCACGAUUGGAAUGAUUAGGAACGAGAAUGGAGUUUUUGUACCUAAGGCGAACGCAUUCGUGAAGAAAUUACGGAAAUAUCCUCAAAUGCAUGAUCGCGAGUACGCGGAUGAACGAUUUGGAUCUAUGGGGCCCCUGGUACUUCCAAUGAAUGACACCGACAUGGUGCGCGUCGUGUACAACGUAUUGGAGUAUUCGCCGCUUUGCGAUUCUAGUAAUAUGACAAUGGACGAUUGGAUUCGUAUCGCUAACGACAUCAAGGAAUCGUAUGAACAUUUCGACGGUUUUGUCAUACUACACGGAACGGACACGUUAAGUUACACCGCAUCUGCCCUGUCGUUCAUGCUUGAAUCCCUGGGCAAGAUAGUUAUUUUAACCGGCUCUCAGGUUCCCAUCUUUGACACGAGGACCGAUGGCCUGGAUAACUUCCUGUCGUCUCUAGUAAUAGCCGCUAAUUACAACAUACCGGAAGUAUGCGUAUUCUUUGGGACGAAUUUGAUGAGGGGGAAUCGUACAUGCAAAGUAUCGGCAUCGUCGUUCGAGGCAUUUAAUUCCCCGAAUUUUCCUCCUCUGGCGAAAGCUAACAUUAAGGUAGAAGUGGAUUAUCGCGCAAUAUUUCGCUCGUGCACGUUGGAGAAGUUCCACGCAAACGCGUCCCUGAACAGGAACGUCGGGUUACUUCGUAUAUUUCCAAGUAUAACGACAGAUCUGGUGAAAGCAUUUCUGCAGCCCCCGAUCGAAGGCGUCGUCUUACAAUCCUACGGAGCAGGAAAUAUGCCCAUGAAUCGGGAGGAUAUAAUUACAGAACUACGCGCGGCUACAAAACGCGGUAUAAUCAUCGUCAACAUUACGCAAUGCUCGACUGGAUGCGUUUCAAGUAUAUACGAACCUGGAAAAUUACUAGAGGAUGCUGGUGUGAUAUCUGGCUUUGACAUGACACCCGAGGCUGCGUUAACCAAACUCGCCUACGUGUUAUCGAAGAAGGAAUGGGACACGGAAACCAAACGUCAAAUGAUGCAGACAAAUUUGCGCGGAGAGUUGACCGCUGGACGCCCUCCGUCUCUUCAAGAUCUGGAUCUUGUUGAUGCGGUCGCCAGGUCUUUAAAGCUCUCCUCUACUGCUGAGUUGCAAGAAUUAGGCUCGAUACUAUUUCCCGCUAUGCUAAACGCCGCUGUUCUCAGCCACGAUAUAGACAAACUCGAAGCGUUGAAGGAAUAUGGUGCAGAUGUUUCGCAGAGAAACGCGGACGGUCGAACAGCAUUGCAUAUCGCUUGUUGCGAGGGAGACUUGAAAGUUGUGCGUUGCCUGUUACGAAUGGGUGCGAAUGUACAUAUCAAGGAUCGAUUCGAUCGUACACCGCUUACGGACGCUAUAGAAUACGAUCAUUACGAGGUCAUUAAGAUCUUGCUGCAGUGUGGCGCCCACUUACAUGGAAGCGCACACUUGAUAGGUGAGAAGAUGUGUGUCGCAGCAGCCGUUGGUAACGUGAAACGUCUCCGGUCGUAUCAUCUCGCUAACGCCGACCUCUCGCAGAAAGAUUUCUCUGGAAGAACACCACUACAUAUCGCUGCUCUGCACAACAAGGUGCAAGCUGUUAAAUUCUUGUUGGAACAUGGCGCAGAAGUGGACUCUUUCGACAAGACGAAUCAAUCUCCAUACGACCUGGCUGUAAACGCGGAGUCCACCGAAGCAGCCUCGUUGCUGUCACCUUCGAAUACAUCGGACAUAUCGCUUGCGACGGAGGCGACGAAAUGAAACCAAAACGAUAAU